GAGUGCCCUCUACAGGCGGUGUGUGAGAGCUGCAAUAAUUUAAGGUGGAACAGAGAAUUCAGAUAAGAAAUUGCAAAGAGAAACCAGACUCAGGCUUCUCCUGUUGUUAGCCACACAACUGGUUCUGCAUAACUACACGGCUGCGUCAGAUCAUCCAGGUGUUUUUGUUCAGCUUGAGUUGAGAGCAUGGCGGUUUUAUCGAAGGAUUAUGGCUUUGUGCUGCUGACUGGAGCAGCCUCGAUUAUCCAGCUCAACUAUCUGGCUUAUGCUGUGGUGAAGGCUCGCAUAAAAUACAAUGUGCAGUAUCCCAGGAUGUACAGCGAUGACCCAGAGACUGGCCAUAUCUUCAACUGCAUCCAGAGAGUUCACCAGAAUACUGUUGAGGCCUUGCCUUCCUUCCUGUUCUUCUUGGCUGCUGGAGGGAUAUCCCAUCCACGUCUGGCCAGUGUUUUGGGAAUAAUCUGGAUUGCUGGUAGAGCAGUGUAUGCAUAUGGAUACUCCUCUGGAGUGCCUGAGAAAAGGAAGCGUGGAGCUUUUGGGCACGUGGGUCUGCUGGGUCUGUUCUUGUGUACUGUGGACUCUGCCGUAACCAUGCUGGGGUGUAGCUGCAAAGCCAAGUGGCCCAGAGGGAUGUUUAAAACCCUCUAAAUAAAACAGACACACUAUUACUUUAUGUUUCCUUUUAAUGUGUGACUGAUUUUGUUAGUAAAAUAAAGUAUAUAUAUUAUACAUUGUAA